AUGACAACCCUCACCACCCUCCUCGCCCUCCUCCCCCUCAUCAGCGCAUCCACCUUCCAACUCUCCAUCGCGCGCUCUCCCACCGCCCACCUCGCUCAGCUCGAGCGUCGCCAGCUCCAAAACCGCGGUCUCGACAAGCGCGACACCGUACAGGUCUCUCUCACCAAUGCCCUCACCCAGGGUCUCUAUUUCGCGAAUAUCAGCGUCGGAACACCUGCCCAGCAGUUGAUGGUGCAGAUUGAUACGGGGAGCUCGGAUGUGUGGGUGCCGGCGAGCGGUGCGAGUGUGUGUUCGGAGCCGGCGAGUCAGGGGGGUGGGUGUGAUGGGGGGAGUUUUGACCCAAGUACAUCCUCGACGUUUCUCGAGGUCGGGCAGGAUGAGUUUAAUAUCUCGUAUGUAGACGGUACUGGGUCGGCGGGUGAUUACUUCCAAGAUACGUUCUCGAUUGGAGGCGCGACGAUUCAGCAGUUUGAGAUGGGGUUGGCGACGAGUGGGACGAUUGGCACGGGGAUUAUGGGCAUUGGAUAUAAUAAUUCAGAGGCGAAUGUUGAUACCGGGAAUGGUACGAUCUAUGCGAAUUUGCCGUUUGCGUUGGUAGAUCAGGGGUUGAUUCCUACCGAGGCAUAUAGCUUGUGGUUGAAUGAUCUUGAAUCUAGUACUGGAUCUGUUCUGUUUGGAGGAAUCGAUACUACGAAAUACCAGGGCGAACUUCAAUCGAUUACUGUCUACCCAAGCAGAGCUCGACGCGCAGUCACCUCAUUCUCCGUCGCUUUCACAUCGCUUUCGGCAACCUCAAGCUCCGGUACUGAUGUUCUCACUCCAUCCGACUUUGCUGUUGCUGCGAUUCUCGAUUCCGGAACUACCAUCACCCUUCUCCCAGAUGAUGUUGCGGCUGUCGUCUAUGAGGAACUCGGAGCUCGAUACUACUCAAAACUUGGUGCGACCCUCGUUCCUUGCAGUCUUGCCCAGAAGAAUGGAAGUAUCAAUUAUGGAUUCGGAGGUGUAGACGGGCCAGUCAUUCGAGUUUCCGUUUCCGAACUUGUCCUCCCAUUAACCCUGACUAACGGCCAAACUCCUACAUUCACAAACGGACAGGCCGCUUGCCAACUCGGCAUCCAACCAGCAGGUGAUCUCCCAGUCCUACUAGGCGACACCUUCCUCCGCUCCGCCUACGUUGUCUACGAUCUCGUCAACAACCGAAUCGCUCUCGGCCAAACCAACUUCAACGUCACAUCGUCCAACAUCGUCCCAUUCGCCAGUUCAGGAGCACCAAUCCCAUCUGCCUCUUCCGCUCCCAAUGAAGCUGCUGUCACGCAAACCGCAACUGGUAUCCCAAGAGCUACAGCGGCCGGAACGGCUACUGGUGCGGACGCAUCGGCUACGUAUAAUCCUACCGCGACCGGAUUGAACGCUGCGAGCGGAUUUGCUGCGACAGGUACAAGCACGAGUACGAGCACCAAGAAGAGCGCUGCUGGACAGGGACCAGAACCUUUUAGAUGGGCGGCGGUCGUGGUGGGUGCUGUCACCGUUGGAUUGAUGGGUGUGGGUGGUGGGGUGUUUGCGAUGUUGUAA